AUGAAUGCAACAGAUGAAAAAUCUAAAACAUAUUACAUUCCUGCUGAUAGUUAUGAAGAAUGGAUAAAGAACCUUGAAAAAGCAGGACUUAGUUAUGUUUGGCAUGAGCAUAAAGCAGGUAUUGGCCAAAGAAAAAAAAAUAAGUGGACAAAACAAUGGCAUUGUUAUCGUUAUAGAUCAUAUAGUAGUGUUGCUGAUAGAGAUCCUAAUAAAAAGUCAUGGCUUGCACAAAAAGAAUCAAAAAAGU